UCUCUCUCUCUCUCUGCCCCGCACCUAAUCGACCAAUCGCCAGAUCGCCAUCGCAGGAUUUAUCGAACGCAACCACCGGAUUCGAUCUCCCGUCUGCCGAUCGUGCCCCCCUCCAUUCUCGAGCUCCGCUUCACAUCGAGUGGGAUAGAUAAAUGAAAGCUUGGAAUUUGGAGCCCAGGUAGGAAGGGAUUUGUAGUUAGCUAGCGCAGAAUGGCGUGGUUGGGGAAGGUGUCUUUGGGCGGCUUCCCGGAUCUGGCCGGGGCCGUGUCCAAACUGAGCGAGAGCGUCAAGAACAUCGAGAAGAACUUCGAUAGUGCUCUCGGAUUGGACGAGAAACACGAUUCUGGUGAUGAAGGUUCUGCAAAAUGGACAUCAGCAUCAGAUGGUAAAGGGAUUUUUGAACCUGUGAUGGCUUUUAUGGGGAAUAAAGGAGAGGAAGGACCUUCCAAAGCAUCAGUAAAAGAAGAAUCUUUGGAACACCCUCCAUCAGCUGAAGAAUCUGAAAAAAUUCCAUCAGCUGAAACAACUGCUCUUUCUGACAAGGGAAUUGAAGAUUCCACAAGUAAGGUUGAUGACACUGAUUCUAAUAAUGCUAGCAUCAUUGCCAAUGAACCUGGAGAACUCGAUCAGAUCAGCGCUGUUGUUGGAUCAAGUCAUUCACAAGAUGAAACAGAGACUUCAUUGUCUGGAAGCAAGGAAGAAGCAGAUUUACCUCCUGUAUUCCAACAUAAGGUAGAUGCAGAUGGAGAUGCAAGUAAUAACUCACAACCAGGAGAUUCCCAGUUGCAGAUUGCAGAGAGUGUGGAACCUAAUGUCAAUAGUGUUUUCCAUGCACCUGAAGGGUUGCAGCAUGCAAGCGAUUCACAAGGAAGCCAUGUCAAAAAUGAGACAGAAGCUGAGCAGCUUGUUGAUAAAGGAUCUCCUAAACAUUCUAAUGUUGUAGUUAGUGUCCAAGAAAGCCUUGAAAAAGAGGCUUCUGUUGCAAUAAUUCCUGUUGGUAUCAUGAAGCAUGAUCAUCCCAAUGAAUUUUCUGACAAUAAUGUUCCAAAACCAAUUGGCAACGAGCAGGAUCAAAAUGAAACUUCUGAAUCAGUAUCGCAUGACGAUGAUGCAUCUCUGAAGUCAGCGAAAUUAAGCUCCGAGGCAAUGCUUGUUGAAGCUGAGAAUGACAAUGCUGUAUCAAACAAUGUGCCAAAUUCAGUGAAUUCUUUUGCUGAAGUGGAGAAGGUGAAACAAGAAAUGAAAAUGAUGGAGGCUGCAUUACAAGGUGCUGCUAGACAAGCCCAGGUUAAAGCUGAUGAAAUUUCUAAAUUGAUGAAUGAGAACGAACAGUUAAAAUCUAUUAUUGAGGAUUUAAAGAGGAAGUCAUCAGAAGCAGAAAUAGAUGCCCUACGAGAGGAAUACCACCAAAAAGUGUCAUCUCUUGAAAGAAAGGUUUAUGCUCUCACCAGAGAAAGGGAUACAUUGAGGAGAGAACAAAGCAAAAAAAAUGAUGCAGCUGCUCUUUUGAAAGAAAAAGAUGAGAUUAUUAGUCAAGUUAUGGCUGAAGGUGAAGAGCUGUCGAAAAAGCAGGCUGCUCAAGAAGCAACUAUCAGAAAGCUAAGGGCACAGAUUCGGGAGCUUGAAGAAGAAAAACAAAGACUCAACUCAAAGCUUCAGGUUGAGGAGACAAAAGUAGAAAGUAUAAAAAGAGACAAGGCGGCAACUGAAAAGUUGCUGCAGGAAACCAUAGAAAGAAAUCAAUCAGAACUUGCUGCUCAGAAGGAAUUUUAUACCAAUGCACUUAAUGCAGCCAAGGAGGCUGAAGCUUUGGCAGAGGCACGAGCUAAUAAUGAAGCUAGAGUUGAACUUGAGAGUCGCCUGAAGGAAGCUGGUGAACGUGAAGCUAUGUUGGUUCAGACACUCGAGGAGUUGAGGCAGAGUCUGACUAGAACAGAGCAACAGGCGGUCUUUAGAGAAGAAAUGCUGCGAAGGGAUAUUGAUGAUCUUCAGAAACGCUAUCAAGCAAGUGAACUACGCUACACAGAGCUGAUCACACAAGUUCCUGAGUCAACUCGGCCACUUCUGAGGCAGAUUGAGGCAAUGCAGGAGACAUCUGGUAGAAGAGAGGAAGGCUGGCUUGUUGUAGAAAGAGCCCUGAACUCCCGCUUGCAGGAGGCAGAAGCCAAAGCGGCUGCUGCAGAGGAAAAAGAGCGAUCACUGAAUGAGCGUCUGUCACAAAGUCUAUCACGAAUUACUGUUCUUGAAACUCAGAUUUCAUGUAUCAGAGCAGAGCAAACACAACUAAGCAGAUCACUUGAAAAGGAAAGGCAGAGAGCAUCUGAAAGCAGACAAGAAUAUCUAGCAGCAAUGGAGGAAGCUGCUACACAAGAGGGUCGGGCCAAGCAGCUUGAAGAUGAAAUCAAGGAGAUUAGGAGCAAACAUAAAAAGGAGUUACAAGAUGAAAUGAUUCACAGAGAACUUUUAGAGAAGGAGCUUGAAAGGGUAAGAACUGCCAAAGCAGAAUUGGAAAAAACUCUUGCUCGUGAAACUCCCCCAAUUGCAGAUCAAGAUCAAACCAAAAAUCUACCUACUAGGAAGCUUUCAAGUGCUGGCAGUUUGAGUAGCAUCGAAGAGAGCAUUUUCUUGCAAGCAUCUUUAGACUCGUCUGAUAACUUUUACUUGGAGAGGAGAGCAUCUGGGGAAGCAACAGUUUCUCCAUAUUUUUUGAAGAGCAUGACACAGAGUGCAUAUGAAGCAGCGCUUCGUCAAAAGGAUGGUGAACUUGCAUCAUAUAUGUCACGUUUGGCUUCACUGGAAUCUAUUCGGGAUUCUCUUGCAGAGGAACUGGUCAAAAUGACAGAGCAGUGUGAUAAGCUGCAAGCAGAAGCAGCAGUUUUACCUGGGUUACGGGCAGAGCUGGAAGCCUUAAGGCGCAGGCACUCAUCAGCACUGGAACUUAUGGGUGAACGUGAUGAAGAGUUGGAGGAACUCCGAGCUGACAUCAUUGACCUAAAGGAAAUGUACCGAGAACAAGUAGAUUUGCUUGUGAACAGGAUUCAAGUGAUGACUUCAUCGGCUGGCGCAACUUAGGUGUCCUAAAGAGAUGCUUGUUCUGUGAGGGUCAUGGUAUAAACUGAUAAUUUUGUGUUGUUCCUAAGAUUAAAUAGAAUUAUUGAUGGGUUAUUCUUUUGUAUUUGCCAUAAUGGUAUAUAUAUGCAAUGCAUUCAGGCCGGAAGCUUCUGUAGCCAUGCAUUUCUAAAGGCUUCAUUCAUUAGUAAGAUGCUUUGUUGUAUUUAAUGAAAAGAAUAUGAAGUUAUGUUUGGUGCUUUA